CGUUGUCGUAACGAGAAAGUUUCUCCCAACAACCAGUGUGAAAAUAUUCUCAGACACGAAGUCGUGCUGUGAUGAGUUGGUGAAUAUUUUUUUAAUUUAUUUCUCAUAAUUUCGAACAACAAUAUUGUACCGCCAAAUAGGCAACUGGAUCUGAGUAUUGAUAAAAAUGUCAAUUAACUACACACCAAAACCAACCAUACGUGCUGCCGAAGAAUUUGAUGCUUCAGCCGACGCAGCCGCCUUGCGUGCUGCCAUGCGGGGAUUCGGAACAGACGAGCAAACCAUCAUCGAUGUGCUCUGUGCCCGGUCCAACCUACAACGGCAGCAAAUUUCCACCAAAUACAGAGACGAAAUCGGGCGUAACCUACUGGAAGACUUGAAGUCAGAGCUGUCGGGAAACUUGGAAAAUGUUAUCCUGGGACUGAUGCUGCCACCAACGAACUAUCAGUGCGAUAACCUUUUCAAGGCGAUGGAUGGAUUUGGAACCAACGAGCGAACGCUCAUAGAGAUACUAUGCGCUCAGAGUAGUGAACGGUUGCAGGCGAUCGCCAAGCUUUACGAGGAAUUGUACAACAGACCACUUGUAGAGCACGUGUGUUCAGAGACUUCAGGAGAUUUCCGACGAUUAUUGACAUUGCUUCUUACAACUGUACGAGAUCCACCUGCUUCGAUAGAUCGAGAUCUUGCGGAACAGCAGGCCAAACUACUGUUCCAAGCUGGUGAAGGCAAAUUAGGCACCGAAGAGUCCUCCUUCAGUAAAAUCCUAACCAAAUCAAGCUUCGAACAACUGGAACUGUUAUUUGAGGAGUACAAGAAGCUAACGCAACGCGCCUUCGAACAAGCACUGAAGGACGAGCUGAGCGGAUCAUACUAUGAAGGCCUUAGUGCCAUCGUGGAGUACGUCCGCAGUCCGCCGAGAUUUUUCGCCAAACGCCUGUACGAGGCAAUGAGGGGCUUAGGUACGGACGAUAAGACCUUGAUUCGCAUCAUUGUAUCCCGGUCGGAAAUUGAUUUGCAAAAUAUCAAAGAAGAAUUCGAGCGAAUGUACAGUAAAACGCUUGCAAAUGCUGUAAAGAGUGAAACAUCAGGGGAUUACGAACGAACGCUAUGUGCUAUCAUUGAAAAAUCCUAAAUAAAAGAGAAUGUUUGAGCUGUUAACAUUGGCGAUGGCC